GCCCAUCCUGCAAGAACCCAGCGCACCUCGUCUAUCCCUAUCUACCACGAAUCCCCACCUGGGGUGUGUGUGUCCAGGGAAGAGAAACGAGAAAAGAUCCCCUCGUCACCAUCCCCCGCAAUCACUAUAGUCCGGAAACGGACAAUCCCAAACAAAUACACAGCGCCCCCCAUUAUCGAUAGUCAUAUAAACCCCUCGAUCGGGCCCCUCAUCGCCUGUCACUAAGGUGCUCGUUCAGGUCCAGACGAAAAUCAGAAGAGGGGAACGGGAAAAAGAAACAAUGAGUAUCUUCUCUAAGCUAUUCAGAUCCUGUAUCCAGGGUCGACGGAGACAGAGACAGAAGCAGAAACAUGAGCGGGAUACACCGCCGGCUGUGCCGCCUAAGGAUCCUGUGCCUUACUCCUGUCCGCCGGGGAUGAACCCGGAUUUGGUGAAGAAGCCUUCUAUUCGGAUUGUGGCGAAGGAUGAGGAUGAUGAGGGGAGACCACGGUCUGGCUGUGGGGGAGGCAGUCAUUGGGGGAAGGCAGUUGAGGCGCCCGUGAAGGUGUCUGAGGAGACGUUUGUGGCUGUCGAGGGGGAUACUGGGUUUGAAGGUGUGGAGAAGGAUGUUAAAGAUGAGGAGGAGGGCGACCAGAAUGAAGAGAAAGGUGAUGCUCAGGCCAAGCAAGACAACGAGCAAUUGCACUGCAUUCCCGAGAGGCCGCAAAGAAAAAACACCGUCAAGGGACCUGAAGUGAGGAGCCGGAUGAUCGAAGACAUCCCCGAAGAAGCGGACAAAGAAACUGAAUCAAAGGCAAACGAGCACGACGACACAGCAAUCCCAGCCAAGGAUGAACAAGGCAUGCCAGCCUGGCGGGUUAGUCGUCGUAAAUCUCUCAUCGAAAUCAUCAACCUCCUGCAAGCUACUGCGGCGGCGGCGCCAAAACUAUCCAGUAUCCGACUCCCCAGUAUCCCGCCUAAGUCGCCGCUUCGCACGCGCGGGUCGGCAGCAUCGCUUUCUUCUUCUGUGUCCUCGGUCACAAUGACGGAAGAUGAGCCAACUAAUCUGAAGAAGGAACGGAGGAUGGCCGCGGUGAUGUUUCGCAGUGGUCGGCUUGGGAACCGCAAGUCGGCGGAUGAAACGAUGAUAGCAGCAGCUACGGCUGCGGGUAAGGAGAAGCCUCUUUUUUGCUAAGAAUGGCGUUUGGGGUUUGGGGUUUUUGCUUUGGCCGAUAU